CUCUGUCUUCCUGAUCGUCCACCAUCGCAGGCAUGUCGGGCCAGAAACCGCCGUCAAGAACCGACAGCUCAGGUCAGAUCCGCUUCCAGGUGGACGUGGUGACGGAGGGGUCAGCUCCGGCUCCGGCUCCGGCUCCGGCUCCGGCUCCGGCUCUGGCUCCGGCUCCAGGCCUCAGUGAUGGAUCCAAACCCCCCGAGGAGUCCAAAGGCCGCUUCAGGGUGGUGGGCUUCUUGGACUCGGGCGCUCUGGGCAGUGCCGCGGACAUCGGCCUCCCGCCCGACGUCUUCCACGAGCCGGACGCCACCAAAAGCGACUCGGUCAGCCUGCACUCGACCGGCACGGGCCAGACGCACAUCUCCGACACGCACUCCAACACGUACUACAUGAGGACCUUCGGACACAACACCAUCGACGCAGUGCCCAACAUCGACUUCUACCGGCAGACCGCCGCGCCCUUCGGGGAGAAGCUGACCCGACCGUCGCUGUCCGAGCUCCACGACGAACUCGACAAAGAGCCCUUCGAGGAGGGCCUGGCUAACGGCGAGGAGCCGUCUGCAGCGGAGGAGAGCGCCGCCAUGGCCGCCAAGAAGGUUCACGGAGGAACAGUCAAGUUCGGCUGGGUCAAGGGAGUUCUGAUCCGCUGCAUGCUGAAUAUCUGGGGAGUGAUGCUGUUCAUCAGAAUGUCCUGGAUCGUGGGACAGGCUGGAAUUGGACUAACUAUCGCCAUCAUUCUGAUGGCUACUCUGGUCACCACCAUCACUGGCCUGUCCACCUCCGCCAUAGCGACCAACGGCUUCGUACGAGGAGGAGGGGCGUACUACCUGAUCUCCAGGAGUCUGGGGCCGGAGUUCGGAGGCUCCAUCGGUCUCAUCUUCGCCUUUGCGAACGCCGUGGCGGUGGCCAUGUACGUCGUGGGCUUCGCCGAGACGGUGGUCGAGAUGCUCAAUGACGUUGACGCCUUGAUGACCGACGAGCUCAACGACAUCCGCAUCGUCGGGACGCUGACGGUCAUCCUGCUGCUGGGCAUUUCUGUGGCGGGGAUGGAGUGGGAAGCCAAGGCUCAGAUCGUGCUCCUGGUCAUCCUGCUGGCGGCCAUCGCUAACUACUUCAUCGGAACCUUCAUGCCGACGGAAAGCAAAGAGCCCAAAGGAUUCUUCGGUUACCACACCGCCAUCCUGAUCGAGAACUUUGGUCCAGACUUCAGAGACGACGAGAGUUUCUUCUCGGUCUUCGCCAUUUUCUUCCCGGCCGCCACGGGGAUCUUAGCUGGAGCCAACAUCUCGGGAGACCUCACCGACCCUCAGUCUGCCAUCCCGAAAGGCACCCUGCUGGCCAUCCUCAUCACCGGACUCACCUACGUGGCCGUGGCCUUCUCCACAGGCUCCUGCAUCGUCAGAGACGCGACCGGCGACCACAACGACACGGUGAGCGACACGGUGAACUGCACCGACGCCGCCUGCACGCUGGGAUACGACUUCUCCAUCUGCAAGGAGGGCGGCUGCCAGUACGGCCUGAUGAACGACUUCCAGGUCAUGAGUUUGGUGUCGGGCUUCGGGCCUCUCAUCACUGCAGGGAUUUUCUCGGCGACUCUGUCUUCAGCUCUGGCAUCGCUGGUCAGCGCCCCCAAAGUCUUCCAGGCUCUCUGUAAAGACAACAUCUAUCCGGGGCUGAGCGUGUUUGCAAAGGGUUAUGGGAAGAACAACGAGCCUCUGCGUGGCUACUUGUUGACCUUCUUCAUCGGCCUGGCCUUCAUCCUCAUCGCCGAGCUGAACAUCAUCGCUCCCAUCAUCUCCAACUUCUUCCUGGCCUCCUACGCUCUCAUCAACUUCUCCGUCUUCCACUCCUCCCUCGCCAACUCUCCAGGGUGGCGCCCCAGCUUCAAGUACUACAACAUGUGGGUGUCCCUGGCUGGAGCCAUCCUGUGCUGUGUGGUCAUGUUCGUCAUCAACUGGUGGGCCGCCCUCGUCACGCUGCUGAUCGUCCUGGCGCUCUACAUCUACGUCGGGUACAAGAAACCUGAUGUGAACUGGGGUUCGUCGACUCAGGCUCUGAUCUACAACCAGGCUCUGACUCACUGCCUGAACCUCACCGGGGUCGAGGAGCACAUCAAGAACUUCAGGCCGCAGUGUUUGGUCCUGGUCGGAUAUCCGAACUCUCGUCCGGCGCUGGUCCAGCUGGUUCAUUCCUUCACCAAGAACGUCAGUCUCAUGGUGUGCGGUCACGUCAGGACGGUCACCCGGCGGCCAAACUUCAAGGAGCUGUCGCAGGACUACGCUCGCUGUCAGCGCUGGCUGAACAAAAAGCGCAUCAAGUCCUUCUACGCUCCUGUUUUCGCUGACAACCUGAGGCAUGGAGCCCAGCUGCUUCUUCAGGCCGUUGGUUUAGGUCGGCUGAAGCCCAACACACUGGUCAUGGGUUUCAAGAACAACUGGAGCGAAGGAAACAUGAGGGAUCUGGAGAAUUACAUCAACACUAUACACGACGCCUUCGACCUGCAGUUUGGAGUGGUGAUCCUCCGCCUGCAGGACGGACUGGACGUCUCCCACAUUCAGGGGCAAGAUGAGCUGCUGUCGUCCCACGAGAAGCCGCCGGUGGACAGUAAGGACCAGCUCAUCUCUGUCAGUCCAGUCAGAGAUUCUGACGCCGACUCCUGUCUUUCAAAGACCACCAACAAUCAGACAAGUCCGCUCAUCACGAAAGAGACCAAGUCUCCUCUGAGCCUGACGGACCAGCGCCUGCUGGAGAGCAGCCAGCAGUUCAAGAAGAAGCAGGGCAAAGGGACCAUCGACGUGUGGUGGCUGUUUGACGAUGGAGGUCUCACCUUGCUGAUUCCCUACCUGCUGACCAACAGGAGCAAAUGGGGCGACUGCAGGAUCCGCGUCUUCAUCGGGGGGAAGAUCAACCGCAUUGACCAUGACCGCCGGGCGAUGGCCACGCUGCUCAGCAGGUUCAGGAUCGACUUCUCAGACAUCAACGUUCUGGGAGACAUCAACACCAAGCCCAAGAAGCACAAUAAACUGACUUUUAAGGAACUGAUCGAGCCGUACAGGCUGAAGGAGGACGACAUGGAGCAGGAGGCGGCGGAGAGGCUGAAGGCCCAGGAGCCCUGGAGGAUCACCGACAACGAGCUGGAGCUCUACAAGGCCAAGAGCAACCGCCAGAUCAGGCUGAACGAGCUGCUGAAGGAACACUCCAACUCAGCCAAGCUCAUCGUCAUGAGCAUGCCUUUGGCCAGGAAGGGUACGGUGUCGAGCGCCCUGUACAUGUGUUGGCUGGAAACGCUGACUAAAGACGUCCCGCCGCUGCUGCUGGUCCGAGGAAACCACCAGAGCGUCCUGACGUUUUAUUCCUGAGAGGAACACACA